AUGGAAAAUCGUGCCAGACUUGAGUCGAAGCAUGAACAAGAAUUGAGCUCGGCCAGUGAACUCAAGGACCCCGAAGCAAAGGAGAAGAAGCAGCAAGCACGAGAAACAAACAAGGUGACCAGAUUGGAUUUCGAAAAUCGUUAUUUGGACCUUAAGGACUUUCUGGUCCCGAAGCGUGUUAAACCGACUGCUGAAGCUUCUUCCCUUGCCCCUCCGCCCUGCCAACCCCUGUCCUCUCGAUUUCAACUCCCAAGUUUCAAAAUCCAAUCCUUUGACGGUGAUCUAACUAAAUGGAUAAGCUUUCGUGACGCGUUCAAAAGUGUGAUCGACAAGGACCCGUCGCUGUCAUGUGUGGAUAAGCUGAAUUACCUUCGCUCGUUGGUUCAGCUUGGUGCCAGCACAAUCGUAGAAGGAGUGGAUGUGAAUGAAACCAACUUUGAAGUCGCGUGGGACCUGCUGACACUGCGGUACGAGAACAACAAGCUCAUCUCCCGCGCGCUGAUGGACACCGAACCGAUCAAACGAGAAUCAUACGAAGCACUAAUCACCCUUAUCGACUCGUUUGAACGCAACCUGAUGCAGCUGAAGAAGCUCGGACUCAAGACGGACGAUUGGUCACCUAUACUUGCACAUCUGCUGUAUAGUCGUUUGGAUACGGACACUCAACGCCACUGGGAGAACCACCACAAGUCGCGAGAAGUACCCGAUUACAAGGAGAUGCUCAAAUUUCUUCAAGAUCACCUGACCACGCUUCAGCCACUGGUCAACAAAAAGCCACGUGUGCAGGAGCAUCGCCAGGAAGCUAGCAAACCAACCCCCAAGACGAAGUUCGGUUCUACGCUCACGACAACAACAAGCUCCCAGAUCAAAAGUUGUCCAUUUUGUCAAAAACCCACCCACUCUCCUUUCAAAUGCGAAUCCUUCCUCAAGUUGAAUCCCUUCCAGAGGUACGAGUUAGCCAAGAAAAUUGUGCUUUGUUUGAAUUGCCUCAAUCCCUUCCAUUUGGCACGGGCUUGUCCUAGCUCAGCAUGUCGCGUGUGUGGUCAGCGACACCACACUAUGCUCCAUCGUCGGUCUACUAACACACCAAACCAGGAGCUCACGUUGUCGCAUUCCACUACAAACGCUCAGUUCCAGACCCAGCCUAGUAGAGCCUCAAAUUCCCAAUCGCAAUUGCAAAACUCCGCUCCGCCUAUGCUACCCUCUACCUCCGAUCAACCCUCGUUGUCGCUAGCUGCUUGUACGCCGAACAAUGCCAACGUUGUUUUCCUUUCGACGGCCGUGGUCAAGAUCGCAGACUCUCAUGGGAACACUUACCUCGCUCGCGCGCUCCUGGAUUGCUGUUCGGAGCGGAAUCUCAUGAGUGAACGUCUGGCGCAGAAGCUGGUUCUUCGCAGGCAGAAUGACCCGCUGUCGCUACAAGGUGUUGGUUCCAGUCAAGCUGUUUCGAAGCAGUCUACGUUGGCCAAGAUUCUCUCUCGGUGGACAGACUACUCCAUUGACCUGAAGUUCCACAUUUUGCCGGAGUUCAAGCCAAUUGUUCCGUCGGACUGUGUGCAGACCCAGACCUGGACGCACCCAAUAUCAUCGUCGUUGUUCCUCGCCGAUCCUCGCUUUUUCGAACCAAACCAAAUAGAUUUGAUCAUCGGCGCUGAAGUUCACUACCGUCUCUUGCUGAAUGGUUUCAUUGAUCUUGGACCGAACCUACCCAUUCUCAAGGAGACCGUAUUUGGUUGGAUCGUGUCUGGCAAGUGCAGCACCUCGUCCAGACCAUCGUCGCUCACUAUGGUCUGUAGCAACGCCGAUCUGGAGAAACAAGUCGCUCGUUUUUGGGAGUUAGAGUCGUGCCACUCAGAGAGCGUUCUUUCGGUGGAAGAAAAACAGUGUGCAUCUCCAGCGAAUUUUGUAUCGAGAGAAUCCUACUGA